GCCGAACAAAAUGGCGGCCCCCAUGAUGCGACGGUACCGCGCUUGGCUUCGAGCUGGCAAAGUUAGCUUUGCGAAUGACACCGUACUUGGAGAUUGGAAGAGACCGGUAUCCACCAGCGUUCUCUGCUCGAAUUCAAAAGGGAUUACAACGAAAGAGAAACGUGAUAUUUCCUGGGCAGCAGUUGUAGGCUUGGAAAUCCAUGCACAGAUUUCAUCCAACUCGAAGCUUUUUUCUGGUUCUCAAGUCCAGUUUGCAGCUCCACCUAAUUCUCUAGUAUCAUUCUUGGAUGCUUCUCUUCCUGGUACUCUACCGGUUCUCAACAGACGAUGCGUGGAAGCAGCAGUGUCAACAGGCCUUGCACUGAACUGCACCAUAAACAAGAAGUCCUUGUUUGACAGGAAACACUAUUUCUAUGCAGAUCUGCCUGCUGGUUAUCAGAUCACUCAGCACAGGGUUCCCAUUGCGGUGAAUGGUUGCUUACAAUACUUUAUGCCAGCCGAUAAAAACCCGAAAGAAAUUGUAAGCAAGACUGUGAGGAUCAAGCAAAUACAGUUGGAACAAGACAGUGGAAAGAGUCUUCAUGAUGAUUUUAGAAGCCAAACACUCAUUGACCUCAACAGAGCAGGGAUCGGCCUCAUGGAGCUUGUCAUGGAACCAGAAAUGUGUUGUGGAGAAGAGGCGGCAGCCGCGGUGAGAGAACUUCAACUCAUCCUGCAGGUUCUCGGGAGCAGCCAGGCAAACAUGGCAGAGGGCCAGUUGAGAGUAGAUGCAAAUGUAUCUGUACAUCAUCCUGGCCAACUUUAUGGAGUAAGGACCGAAGUGAAGAAUAUCAACAGUGCUCGGUUUCUCGCGAAGGCAAUAGACUAUGAAAUUCACAGGCAGAUUGAAGAGCUGGAGAAUGGAGGAACCAUUCUAAAUGAAACUAGAGCCUUUGAUUUUAAACUUGGAUGCACUGUGCCAAUGAGGGACAAAGAAGGAAAACAGGAUUAUCGGUUCAUGCCUGAGCCAAAUCUUCCUCCAUUGAUUCUUUAUGACGCUAAAUCCUUGCCCACUCAUAUAAGUGACCAGCAAGUGAUAAAUAUUGAUUGGAUUCGUGAGACACUUCCAGACCUUCCCAGUGUCAAGAGAGCAAAGUUUGUUGAACGUUACGGGAUUCAGAUUCAACACAGCUUUAUCUUACAGAAUGAAGAUGGCUUAAUGGAUUUUUUUGAAAGCGUUGUGAAUGCGACAGAAAUGAAUCCCAAAAAAGUGAUUGGCUGGGUUAUAAAUAAUUUCCUCAGUUACCUAAAAUUAUAUAAUAUUACUGUAAAAGAAAGUCCAGUCACUCCUGUUCUUUUGGCUGAACUGCUGGACCUGGUAUCAAGUAGAAAAAUUUCAACUUCAGCAGCCAAACAGGUGUUGGAAGAGAUGUGGAAGAGGGAGGAGAAGUCUCCAGCUCUGAUUGUAAAAGAAAAGAAACUCGAUCUAAUCCUGGAUUGGAAUGAACUUGAGAGCAUCUGUCAGACUGUGAUGAGAGACCAUCAGAAAGAGGUGGCAGAGAUAAAGAGUGGCAACCUGAAAGUCCUGAAUUCCAUAAUUGGACACGUCCAAAGAACCACAAGAGGACGAUCAGAUCCUGUAACUGUGAAACAAAUUCUAGAGAAGCUGCUGUCAUAGAGGACUAAAAAUUAUGUGUCUGAUCUACUGUGUUUAACAUUCUGAAUAGCAUCAAACCAUUAUGUAAGUUUUAAUGCAGUGCUGAGACCAAUUUAUCAUUUUUAGCCAUUUUUCUGGGAGGGGAACAUGUUAGGUUAUUAUCCUCUUUAUGUUCCUAUAAAUUCAGAAUAUAAAGUCCACAAAGAAGGGAAAAGACUGCAGUGUGCAUAAGUUUUCUGUUUAAAAACCUGCUUUUAUAAUAUUGUGGCAUAUAGCAAAAAUUAUACAUUUUUGAUAAUAUUAACUAUAUCCUUUUAAUGUAGCUUCUUAUAAAUGAAUAAUUUCUAGUCUGUCUUCAAAGAAUUCAACAGAAUUAGCAGAUGAAGCAGGUAGAUUCAUUUUUUUAACUAGCAUAAUGAAUCUUCUCGCUCCAGACAGUUAUUUCUUACAGACUCAAUUCUGCAAUUCUUUACUGAUUUAAGCCUUGUGGCACGUCUCUAAACAUUUUCACGCUAUUCCAAAAUUUUAAGUUUUUAAAGUUUAUUUAUUUUUAUUUUUUUACCUCACGUUUAUUAUUUUUGUAAAUAAGACUCUGAACGUACCUAAUAUUCCUUCCUAUGUUCCCCACAACAUUUCAAAGUCAAGAAUAAACUGAAUGUAUGUUAACGGAAAAUCUUCUCAAUUUUCCCUAGAAGGGAUCAUCUUCUGAAUCUUUGUGUUGCCAUCUGGUGGUCAGCCAGAAGAGGAUUUUUUUAGGACUCUUAAGACAAUAGGUUCAGACCAACUGAAAUAGCAAAAAAAUAAUAUUUUAUUGAAUAAUAAGAGCACAAUAAAGAAAGAAAGGUAUACCAAUUUGUAUCUCGUCAGUUACCAAAAAUGAAAAGAGAACCUGGAGCUCUGAGUUGCACAAAAUUUAUUUUCCCAGGACUUAAUUCUCCAUUGAUGUUUAAACUGUUUAUAGGAUUUCACCACCUUUUUAUACUUAAGAUAUAGGAAGUGGAAACAGCAGCACAAAAAGGAAACAGACCAUCUGUACAAUAAUUUCAAACAAAAUGGAUACUUUUACAACUUUGUCAAAAAUAAUACAGUAUUCUACUACAUGCAUAAAGGCUAUUUACUGUUUUUGCAAGAUGGUAAUCAAGAGAGAUGUGCAAAAGAAUACAUACACAAAACAAACUGAAUUCGGGUAACCUGUGCUUGAAUGCCAAAUAUGAAUUUUUGGUCUGGAUGCAGAAUGAAAUUGGGCUAUUAUUGUUGGGUUGGGUUGUUCAACAAAUUGAGUUGGUUGUUGCAGGCAGAAGUGAGUUUUUGUUUGCUUUUGAAGUUGGAUAAAUAGAGAAAACCUAAACUGAAGGGCUUUCUUGAUUUGGUUUGGGCCUAUAAUGCUAGUGGUGAUGUAUGCAAUCAGUGAAUGAUGAAAAGAUGGAGGCUAACCUUUUGCAUGGCUGUUUUGAUUUUAUGAGAAAGCCAUGCUUUUUCUUCCCUUCAGCCAAGUGGACAGCAACAGCAGUACCUGACAAGGAGCCAGAGAGAGAUUGGGGCAGGUGAGCUCUGGGGAGCUUCUAAGACCAGGGCAGUAAGAAAACCAUGCACAGGUGCAGAAGGCAGUAAUCCAAAUCUUCCCCUGGCCAAUUUGUAUAAGAUCUCUCAGGAUCCCUCCAGGUGGGGCGACACAAAACUUUUCAAGUUUGUUUAACUUAAAGUAUGAUGCAUCCAAAACAGUUUCUCAGAAAUUGUAUGCCGUUGGAAACAAUUUCCAUUUAAACCUAAGCUAGCAAUAAUUCUAGGAACAGCACUUACCGUAUAAAUCAGAGGGUUUCCAUUAAAAAAAUGCUACAUUUAAAAUAUCCCAUUUCACAUUAAGGAAUGUGAAAAUGUGUUCUCUGACCAGUUUUUUUUAAAAAAACAACAACCAAGCAAUCAUGUUGCAUGCUUUCUGAACCUAUCUAUAAUGAUCUUGUUUUUCCCAUAGUGCUGCUUUUGCAUAACACUCAGUGCAAAAGCAUUGUUGUAAUAUUUUGAACUUAUGAACACCAUAAUUGUAUAUUGUUAUCAAUAAAAACUUACCUCGGGCUCCACCUGGAUAGGUGGAAUUUAAUAAAAUGGUUCAUUUAAAUUGUUAGAGAAUGCUGUUAACGCAACACUAGUGAAAAAGUAUUUCAGAGAUUGCUUACUUCUUAAAUGCCUUUUUUUGUAUAGUACCCAUCACUGAAUUAUCCCAAAUAGCUUACUUAUGCAAGCAAUCCAGAGCCACAUUAACCAAGAUGCAAUUUUCCCUUUCCCUGAGAUGGCAUUUAUAUCAGAAUAAUUACAACACUACAGCUUGAAUUAGUGCUAUAAUCAUGGCUGGGUAAUUACAGCAGUACACUGCAGCACUCGAUUUCAGAGCCUUCUGAAAGAUUUGUGGGCUUUUGAUGUGUGAAAUGCAGCCCAGAAUAGUUUUCCUAGGUCUUAUAUUCACAGGAGUACAUUGUCUGCUCACAGCAUUUUUGUGACUGUAAUAUUUACUUUCCAAUGUUCAUCAUUUCACUGUUUUCUACUGUUAAAAGAUUUCUCUAGUAACUCAUAACAGUAGCUCUAUAUAGUAAAAGGGAAAUAUAAAUUGCUGAGGUCUCUUUGUUUAUAGAGUCUUAGCUCCCUCACUCCCCAAACUCAAAGCAGCCUCCAUGAAUAUCAAAAUGGUUUCUCCAUGCAGUUAUUAGAGGGGCCCACACUCAUCUCAAUGGCACCUAAAUGACAUAAAGGUCACCCCAGAAUCACAGUGAGUGUGGUGGGAAAAAUAUUUAAUCAACGUUGCCCCAUCACACAAGGUACCGUUUGAAUUCAAACUAGAGGUAGUCCUCAACUUACAACCAUUUAUUUAGUGGCCAUUCAAAGCCACAAUGAUACUGAACAAAGUGACCUAUGAUUGUGUUUUACACACCCCUUGCCGCAUCCCGUGGUCACAUGAUCAAAAUCCAGCUAAAUGGCAACUGGCAUGUAUUUAUGACAGUUGCACUGUCCCGAAGU